AUGGAGAUUUCAAGUGUCCCUUGUUCACUUGGCAGUGAGGUCCAUUCUCAGAAGACUAUAUCAUAUAGUCAAGCUGCGAGGGGAUUUGGAAGUUCCAAGAAUCCUUUGUUCGAAAGGGACGAUAGAGAAGAGGAUUCUUUGUCGGAUGAUGAUCCGGAUUCUGAUGAUGAUGUGGGGGAUUCAACGUGCCCAACCAUCAAGCUUUCUAAGGAUGAGAAGAGAAGGAUACGAAUCCCUUGGAAAAAUUCAUUGAUAAUUAAACUGUUUGACAAGAAACUUGGUUAUGAGGUUCUUAUGAGGCGCCUUAAAGCGAAAUGGAGUUUAAAGGGGGAAAUAGCGUUGACUGAUGUUAGCCAUGCAUAUUAUGUGGUAAGGUUUAGCAAUCUGGAUGAUUAUGACUUUGUUUUGACGCAAGGGCCAUGGAUGAUAGGUGAAAGUUAUCUCACUAUUACGAGAUGGGUGCCGAAUUUUAUUUCGGAUGAGGCUCCUAUCAAAACACUUACGGUGUGGGUUAGAAUUCCACAUAUGUCAGUUGAGUACUUUGAUAAGCAAGUGUUGCAUAAAAUUGGCUCCAAAAUAGGGAGAGUGAUUAAAAUUGAUAGAAAUACGAAAUCAAUGGAUAGAGGUCAGUAUGUGAGAUUUUGCAUUGAAGUUGACUUAACAAAGCCUUUAUUGUCGAAGUUUAAGUUGAAUAAAAGAGCUUGGAUUAUUCAAUAUGAAGGCUUGAAGAUGAUUUGUUUUGAAUGUGGUCAUCUAGGACACUGA